AUGGCCACAGCUACCCUCACUAUCGACCCUUUGUCUACCUCACCUCCACACACGACCUUCCUCAGCCCUGUCAAAUCACGACAGACACGUCUCCUAUUGCUCCCACUUCUUCCUGUUAUCCAUCUCCAACCGCUUCCAGCGGAACUGUGGGCACGCAUCGUCGUUCUUGCCUUACGACGUGGAGAGAACGAUGUCCGAUCUGACGAGGACGAGAAGUGGAGAUGGAAUGUUGCAAGGGUGUGCAAGUGGUGGAAGCGUGUAGCUCUUUCUGAGCUAUAUUCUUCUCCAUACAUCCCGACCAUAGCAACGUUUGAUUCGCUUCUGUCCCAUCUACGGCAUACCGAUUCGCUCUGGUCUCCACUUCACCGCAGCCCAUACUCGAUUCCCGCAGGCUGGAUCCGCACUCUCGACCUCUCUCUCCUUCCACCUAAUCUCACGAAAACCCAGAUAUUAAAACUGAAUAACUGUUUGCAGUCUCUCUGGCCCAUGAUACCUCGAUUGGAAGACGUUACCCUGAGACGAGAAUGGAUCGUCUGUGCAGGGGUCAUCAAGGGGCUUGCGGAGAAUUGUCCGCAGCUGAGGAGCCUCAGAGGUGUCACAUGGAGGGCGGACAGGAGUAAGCAGGGGGAAGACGCUAUUGUGGGGAUGAUGAGGGCAUGCAAGCUGCUGGAAGAGGUGCAUAUAUGCGGCACUGGGAUGUCAGCUCCACUACCAUACCCUCCUAUCGCCUACCGGGGCGAGUUGCUUCGGAUGGAUCAUCUGCAUACGCUUUCACUGAUUGGUCUCCCUGCCGCGCCUUUUGUCGCUAUCCUGCUCGCCUCACCACUGCCUGCGCUACGUACGCUUACGGUCACACCCUACACCGGCCACCACGGGGAACUGAUGACGCCUUUCCUCGCUGCGCAUGGUCCCAAGCUCACCUCCCUAUCGUUUGCUCGUGGUCCAGAAUGGCCGUCUAUGCCCAUAGCCCCUCCGAGCGACCUUCUAGUCCUCUGCCCCGACCUCCUCCACUUAACCUUGCUCCACCCGAUCCCCCCGGCGCUAGACCCACCACGACCCGGCAAGCUCCAUCCCCUCGAGCAUGUCUGCCUCCCGCGCCCCCUUGUGACGCUGGAGUACGCGGCCUUCCUGCGCUAUGGCAUCCCGUACGAUGCGCUGCAAGGCCUGAAGGGAGUCAAACUCAUGGAGUUCCGCUGGCUGAGGGCGCUUGGACGGGCAGGGGAUACGGGGGCGAGGAGGGGUAUGAUGGACAUCGCUUCGCAUCUGAAGAAGAGGGGGGUGAGGGUGGUCGAUGAGCGUGGAAUGGGCGCUUUCUGA